UAGCCGCCCUGAGACUUUGUCUUAAAGUCGGGCCUUGCGUCAAGUUAGCUUUAGCCAUCUGGGCCCGUCAGUUGAAGCUAACGUUAUUAGCUUAGGUAAAGGGCUGAAGUACGAAACUUUUUGCGUAACCAUGCCGUCAGACUUAGCUAAAAAGAAGGCAGCAAAGAAGAAGGAGGCCGCCAAAGCCCGCCAGCGCACCAAGAAACCUGAAGAAGUAAAUGGAGAAAGUGAACCAGACACCCAACUUAACGGAGCAGACAGCAAUGGUGUUGACAGUUUGACAAAGGAACUGGAUGAGUUUGAGCUGCGGAAGACAGAGGCUCGCGCAGUGACUGGCGUUCUCGCCUCCCAUCCCAACAGCACUGAUGUUCACAUAAGCAGCCUAUCACUCACCUUUCAUGGUCAGGAACUGCUGGCAGACACCAGCCUGGAGCUCAACUCAGGCAGACGCUAUGGCCUCAUUGGCCUUAACGGCACAGGAAAAUCCAUGCUGUUGUCAGCCAUUGGGCAUCGUGAGGUUCCCAUUCCUGAGCACAUAGACAUUUACCAUUUGACCCGGGAGAUGGCCCCCAGCGACAAGACUGCUCUGCAGUGUGUCAUGGAAGUUGAUGAACAAAGGAUAAUGCUGGAGAAGGAGGCAGAGAGACUUGCCCAUGAAGAUUCCGAGUGUGAGAAGCUUAUGGAGCUUUAUGAGCGUCUGGAGGAGCUGGAUGCAGACAAGGCCGAGAUGCGAGCCUCUCGGAUCCUCCACGGUUUGGGUUUCAGCGCUGCUAUGCAGAAUAAGAAACUGAAGGACUUUAGUGGAGGAUGGAGGAUGCGUGUUGCUCUGGCCAGAGCUCUGUUCAUCAAACCCUUCAUGCUGUUGCUGGAUGAACCGACAAACCACUUGGACCUGGAUGCUUGCGUGUGGCUGGAGGAGGAGCUCAAGUCGUUCAAGCGAAUCCUUGUGCUCAUCUCGCACUCUCAAGACUUCCUGAAUGGUGUGUGUACCAACAUCAUCCAUCUGCAUCAGAGAAAACUGAAGUACUACACGGGUAACUAUGACCAGUAUGUGAAGACCAGAGAGGAGCUGGAAGAGAACCAGAUGAAGCGCUUCAACUGGGAGCAGGACCAAAUAGCACACAUGAAGAAUUAUAUAGCCAGGUUUGGUCACGGCUCUGCAAAGUUGGCACGGCAGGCACAAAGCAAAGAGAAGACGCUGCAGAAAAUGGUGGCAUCAGGCUUGACUGAAAGAGUUGUGAAUGACAAGACUCUGUCAUUUUAUUUUCCUCCCUGUGGGAAGAUUCCUCCUCCUGUUAUCAUGGUUCAGAAUGUGAGCUUCAAGUACAGUGACAACACACCACACAUAUAUAAAAAUUUGGAGUUUGGUAUUGACUUGGAUACUCGGGUAGCUCUUGUGGGACCCAAUGGAGCAGGGAAAUCCACACUGCUGAAGCUGCUUAUGGGAGAGCUCCUCCCUACUGAUGGCAUGAUCCGCAAACAUUCUCAUGUGAAGAUUGGCAGAUAUCACCAGCAUCUGACAGAGCAGCUGGAGCUUGACCUGUCUCCUUUGGAGUACAUGAUGAAGUGUUUCCCUGAGAUCAAAGAAAAGGAAGAGAUGAGGAAGAUCAUCGGUCGCUAUGGCCUGACAGGAAAACAGCAGGUCAGUCCAAUCAGGAACUUGUCAGAUGGUCAGAAGUGCCGGGUAUGUUUUGCCUGGCUGGCUUGGCAAAACCCUCACAUGCUGUUUCUUGAUGAGCCCACCAACCACCUGGAUAUUGAGACCAUUGAUGCACUCGCAGAAGCUGUCAAUGAGUUUGAGGGUGGCAUGAUGCUGGUUAGCCACGACUUUAGACUAAUUCAGCAGGUAGCUCAAGAGAUCUGGGUGUGUGAGAAUCAAACCAUCACAAAGUGGAGCAAAGACAUCCUGGCAUACAAGGAGCAUUUGAAAUCCAAGAUUGAAAAGCAGCAAGCGCAUGAUAUCUAAGGCUGCAUCACUGAGCCAUGUCUGGACAGAUUACCAGGAAACUAGAACAGAAACACUCUUAUGCAUUUUAUUGGACUCGUCUCCUGUACAUGUUGUACUUCAUUUCCAUCUCAGUUUGACAGUGCUGCAUCAUGCUGAACCUGACCCCACACUUCACCUCAGGCUGCACUCUGGCUGAUUCACCUGAAGCAUCUCAGUGCAUUUUGGAAUGCAUUCCAUUGUGCCGUUUUCAUAGAUUUUUUUUUUUUUUUUUUUUUCCCCUCCAAAUGUUCUGUUGAAUUCCAACAUGUAUGCAGCAGCUUUUAGGUCAUUUUAUGAUAUUUCAAAAUUGACUUUUUCCCCCCCCCCUCCCAGUGUAAAAAUAAAAGUUCUGCCUUAUUUAACAAUGUAAUGCAAUAAAAGUUUGAAUAAACAGAACAUAAAAACAGCA